AUGCGCCCAUAUCCCCAUUCUAUCCUUCCAGCCAUCGCUUGCUCCUUGGUUUCGUUUCUCCUCUUGGUUUUGGUCACUGUAUCGACUCCCUUGUGGAAUUCGGUCUACUUUUUGAAACUUGUCACUGGCCCCGACGAGCCUGAGCCAUUCCCAUCCAACUAUACAGUCAAGUUUGGUGUCUUUGGCAUGUCAACGGUGCCUCAUCAGCUCGGAUAUACUCCUGCGGAUUGGUGGGUCACAGCCGACGUCAGAGAUCCAACUGUAGACCAGCCAAGUCUCCGGAGCAUUACCUACGCUCUCGUUCUCCACCCAAUCUCCGCUUUCAUGUCUCUCAUAACAUUUGGAUUCGCAACGAUUGGACUCUGUUCGCGCGCGGGUGCAGUCUUUAGCACCUUUUCUGCUGGUCUGGCCACGCUCGUGACAAUCGUAGUCUUUAUCGUCGACGUGGUGCUGUUCUCGAUUCUCAAGUCACAGUUCCAUGACUCCCCAUAUGACGGUCGACACACGAGCUAUGGGCCAGCUAUUUGGAUGGUGCUGGCUGCCCUCAUCGCUUGCCUGGUCAGCCUAGCAUCUGCUGCAUUCACUGCAGUCUCUUUGAAUCGGUACCCGAGGAAAUGGGCAAACGAACAGCAAUAUUGA